CGCAAGAUGGAGCAGGUGACGGAGGGGACGUGGGAGUCGCUGCCCGUCGCGCUCAGCCCGGGCGUCCUGCAGGCCUUGCGGGAGCUGCGCUUCUCUCACAUGACGCCCGUGCAGAGUGCAACGAUCCCUUUAUUUAUGACCAAUAAAGACGUGGCAGCUGAAGCAGUAACCGGCAGUGGGAAAACAUUAGCGUUUGUCAUUCCCAUCAUAGAAAUUCUUCUCCGGCGUGAAGAAAAGCUUAAAAAAACGCAGAUUGGCGCACUUAUCAUCACUCCCACAAGAGAGCUUGCCAUCCAGAUAGAUGAAGUGAUCUCCAGUUUCAUUAAAUAUUACCCCCAGUUUAGCCAGUGUCUUUUGAUUGGUGGGAAGAAUCCUAUGGAAGAUGUAGAACGAUUCAAAGAACGAGGCGGAAACAUCCUUGUGGCCACCCCCGGGCGUUUGGAGGACAUGUUCAGGAGGAAAUCAGAGGGGCUGGAUUUGGCCAAGUCUGUAAAGUCCCUUGAUAUUUUGGUCUUGGAUGAAGCAGAUCGGCUUCUCGACAUGGGGUUUGAAGCAAGUUUGAAUGCUAUCCUGGACUUUCUGCCCAAGCAGAGACGGACAGGUCUCUUCUCCGCAACUCAGACCCAGGAGGUUGAGAACUUAGUAAGAGCAGGCCUCCGAAACCCUGUCCGUAUCUCCGUGAAGGAGAAGGGAAUGGCAGCGAGUAACACCCAGAAGACUCCCACUCGGCUCCAGAACUAUUACAUGAUCUGUAAGGCGGACGAGAAAUUCAACCAGCUGGUUCACUUCCUUCGUCAGCACAAACCAGAAAAACAUCUUGUCUUUUUCAGUACCUGUGCCUGCGUGGAGUAUAAUGGGAAGGCUUUGGAGUCUUUGAUCAAGAAUGUGAAAAUCAUGUGCAUCCACGGGAAGAUGAAACACAAGCGGAGUAGGAUCUUUACAGAGUUCCGGAAACUUCCAAGCGGCAUCCUGGUUUGCACUGACGUGAUGGCCCGUGGCAUAGACAUUCCGGAGGUGAACUGGGUUUUGCAGUACGACCCGCCAAGCAAUGCGAGCGCCUUCGUGCAUCGCUGUGGCCGCACCGCACGCAUCGGCCACCAGGGCAGCGCGCUUGUCUUCUUGCUUCCCAUGGAAGAAGCCUACAUCAGUUUUCUAGCCAUUAACCAGAAGUGCCCCAUGCAGGAACUGAAACCGCAGAGGAAUGUCACAGACGUCCUACCCAAGCUGAAGUCUUUGAGUUUGGCUGAUAGAGCCGUGUACGAAAAAGGGAUGAAGGCCUUUGUAUCCUACGUGCAAGCCUACGCCAAACACGAGUGCAACCUGAUCUUCCGAAUAAAAGAUCUGGACUUUGCCAGCCUAGCCCGAGGUUUUGCCCUCCUGAAGAUGCCAAAGAUGCCGGAGCUGAAAGGCAAGUGCCUCUCGGAUUUCACCCCCGUUGAUAUUGACACGGACGCGAUUGCGUUCAGGGACAAGAACAGGGAGAUGCGGAGGAGGAAGCUCUUGGAGCAAGGGAAGGAAGAGGGCCGGGUGCACAGAGUGGGGAGGAAGUUGCCCAGAAAUCAAGCUUGGUCCAAGCAGAAAGCGAAGAAGGAGAAGAAGAAGAAGAAAUUGAUGGCAAAGCGGAAAAGAGAGGAGGGUUCUGACCUCGACAAUGAAGAUAUGGAGGAGCUUCUGAACGAUACCCGGCUCUUGAAAAAGUUAAAAAAGGGCAAAAUCAGCGAGAAGGAGUUUGAGAAGACGCUUCUGUGCAGCAGGAAAGAAGGGAGCGGCUCGGACUCGGAAGGAUAACAUAUAAACUGAAAACGCCCCCUUUUCUUGUGUUGCUAAAACUGAUUCUCUUGCUGAACUUGUUAACCCUGGCUCUGGAUUUCUGCAUGCAAAAUCGGGUUGAGCCAAGCUGCUUUCCCCUUGCCUCCCAUUAGGAGGUAUUGAAAGCCAGCUCUGCAGAGUCAGAAGACCCGUCCGUCCGAUUCAGUAUUGUCUGUUUUGAGCAGAAGCAAAUGACUCGGAGCGUGUUUAGCCUCUGCUGCUAAAGUUGCGGCCCAAAAGUGGGAUGGACUCAAAACAAAAACUUCACGAAAUGGGGUGCGGAGUCUUGCUUGGCAACGGUCGUCUUGUUUCAGGAAGCCUGCUGUUCAAUUUGUCUCCUUGCCCUUCCGGGACUUCAGCCCCUUUUCCCACACUUCGAGAACAAUCUUGACAAACACUGGAGCUUUGGGGACCCACCAGGUGUGAUCUGCAGAUACUUCGCAUGGAGCAGGAAAACGGCUGUGUGCAGGACCCAGAUAUACCCGUGGUGGAAGGCCCUCUAAGAAGGGGAACGAAGUCGCUUCGUUGCAAGAGACGAGACUGUGUGAGAAAGCUGUUUUUAGCUUGGCUUGCUCCCCUCCCGUUUCAUCAUGGCCGAGGGCUUGCCUGAGGAGGAGUUGUGAUGUGUGGAAUGUGUUUCUGCAGUCUGGAUCUGGGAAGGCUGGGAAAAAAAAUCUCCCAACCUCUUCCACAUGGAGUUCAGGCCAAGAAAAGCAGCAACUGUUAUGAGGACCAGUGUGUGCCCUCUAGUUAAAGAGCUGUUGAGUCACAUUCAGAGAAGGAAAGGGUCCUAGGUCAGCCUUGACAUGCCCAUCCGCAGGUAACACACCUGGAUGGAGAUGCAGCUGUAGAACUGCAAGCCACAGUCACAAUUGUCCCUACCAGGUUGAGACAGAUGGUAUUUCCAUUCAGGUUCAAUAAUUAUUUACAUAUUUUUACUUGUAUGUAAAUUAAAUGGAUCUAACAAAACACAGA